AUGUCCAAGCAACAACAUCGACAUACUCGUACUAUAGAAUAUUGGGCUGGAAAAAAACUUCAAAGAAGUGCAUCUGAUCUUUUUCUUGAUCGACCUCGACCAGGAUAUACUAUUUUUACAGGUCCAAAUGCACUUUGGGCUCAACAAUAUCCUAUUCGAGAUUUGAUUGGAGAUAUUGGUGAAGGAAAAACAUCAACACUUCGUUCGCUUGAUCUUGGAUAUUUAACAAGAGGAUAUACAAUGGCUCCACCAAUUCGUCGUUUUGCAUAUCCUGGUGAAAUUGGUUGGACUGCAACAUAUUUUCGUCAGACUUUAAAACGAACUAAAUCAAAUAUACUAUGGGACAAUUAA